GUCUCUGACUUCUGUCUGUAAUGCUGGAGAACAGCAGAUGCUGCAGACACCAGUGAAGAUGUGUUCAGUGAAGCUGCUGGACUGCAGAAACCUGAUGAAGACGAGAGGAGAAACCACAGAAGAGGAACAGCAGAUGAUGCAGACACCAGUGAAGACUGAAGUGAAGCAGGAGGAGAUAAAAGAAGAAAUCACAGCAGAGGAACAACAGAGAAAUGAGGAUUUUAUUUCUUCAGAGCUGAUGGAAGUGAAAGAGGAACAUCAAGAGCUGAAUGAAGUGGAGAAGAAAUUUCAGUACCAGAAACAUCAUGAUUUAAUAACUGUUGAAGAAUCUUUGAGUUGCUCAAAGACUAGAAUGAUUUUCUCACUAAAAAAGCCUCAAAGAGCAGCCAAAUUUUUUUUCACCUGCUCUCCGUGUGGAAAGAGUUUCACAUGUAAAAGCCAGCUUAAUAAACACAUGAGAGUUCAUACUGGAGAAAAGCCUUUCAUGUGCCAUCAGUGUGGGAAAAGUUUAGCAGAUGCAGACCAUCUCAAAGAUAAUCUCUGCUGUCACUCUGGAGAAAGAUCAUUUGAAUGUGAUAUAUGUGGUAAAACAUUCGUUUUGGAUUCAUGCCUAAAGCGACAUCUGAAAGUGCACUUAAAAGAGAAGACUUACAAGUGUUCUAUUUGUGGAAAGAGUUUUGCAGACCUGUCCUAUUUUAAAGAGCAUCAGAAAGUACAUACCGGCGUGAGGGCUCUCAUGUGCUUUGAAUGUGGGAAGACCUUUACAACAGCCGGUAUCUUAAAUCGGCACCAAAAAAUUCAUACUGGAGAGAAACCAUACAAGUGCUCACACUGUGGAAAGAGUUUCAAUCUGUCACACAACCUGAAAACUCAUGAGAGAAUCCAUACUGGAGAAAAACCUCACAAGUGUUCACACUGUGAAAAGAGAUUCUCUCAGUCACAAAGCCUGAUAAAACAUGAGAGAAUUCAUACUGGAGAAAAACCUUACAAGUGCUCACACUGUGGAAAGAGUUUCACUCAGUCAGAAAGCCUGAUAAAACAUGAGAGAAUUCAUACUGGAGAAAAACCAUACACGUGCUCACACUGUGGAAAGAGUUUUAACCAAUCUGCUCAUCUACAGCAACAUCUAAAAAAGUAUUGCCCAAGUAGUCACAGUGAGCAAAAAUGAUCUUCAUGUGCAGCAGUACCAAGUAGAUUGUUUCAUAUUAACCCAAAGAUGCAGCGUCUCUCAAAAAAGCAGCAUCAUCUGAAGGCAACAGUUUACAUCGGUUUUUCCGUGUUCUAGAUCGCUCCGCGAGCAGACUAGUUUUCCUCGACAAUCGGACAGUUCUCGUCUGUGCGCAUUGUUGCCAUUUGCACUUAAAAGUGUAUCACAAAGCAGUCGUGGUGCUCAGGUGUUGCCCGUGUCAGUAUUUGCUUGUGGUCAAAAGAGUAUACUUUGAAAGGCUGAGCGCUAGGGCUGGGCGAUAUAUCGAAUAUUAAUGAUAUAAUCGAGAUAAUUUUGCUGACGAUGUAAAAUUGACCAAUGUCGUGAAUAUCACGAUGAUUUUAAUGUGCUUUCAUUUGGCCAUUAUGUUUAAUAAAGAGCGCAUCAGUAGACUAAUUUCACGAUCCUUCAGGGCUGCGCAAUUAAUCAAAAUAUCAUCAAAAUGGCA